AUGGAACAAAUUUUGUUAAUAACAACGUUGUUGUUGUUACUUUGUCUCAAUGUUUCAAAAGCAUUAGAUUGUGAGUUGAAUCCUAAUGAUCCUAAUAGAGUUGCAUAUACUAUUGUCGUUGACAAAUCAGGUUCGGGAAAUUUCAGAACAAUCCAAAGUGCGAUUGAUUCGAUCCCUUCACAAAAUAGCCGAUGGAUUAGAAUUCAAAUUUCUAGUGGGAUAUACUCGGAAAAGGUGCAUAUUUCGGAAGAAAAAUCGUGCAUCUUUCUCGAGGGAGCUGGUAGAAGUUCCACGGAAAUUCGAUGGAAUGACCAUGCAACCACAGCUACAAGUGCCACCUUCACUUCUAUUGCAGAAAAUCUUGUAGUAAAAGGCAUCACAUUCAAGAAUACGUAUAAUGUGCCCGGAAGUGUGAAGAGACAAGAAGAUAUAGCACCAGCAGUUGCAGCUCUCAUAGAAGGAGAUAAAGGGAUUUUCCAUAAGUGUGGGUUUGUUGGUCUGCAAGAUACCUUGUGGGAUGGAAAUGGUCGCCAUCGCUACACCGAAUGCUACAUCGAAGGUGUAAUCGAUGUCAUAUCUGGUGCUGGUCAAUCUAUAUACGAGAGCUGUGAGAUAAAUAUACCAGUGGACCGAUAUGCUCCAGUGAUAGGACAUGGUUACAUAACAGCUCAAGGGAAGGAAGAUUCAAGUCAAACCAAUGGGUUUGUAUUCAUUGGAUGCUCAGUGAUUGGAAGUGGGACUGUUUAUCUUGGGAGGGCUUACAGACCUUUCUCCACAGUUAUUUACUAUUCAUCUUUCCUAUCAGCUUGUAUUAACCCUGCUGGUUGGGAUCCUUGGGAACAAGUUGGCCAUGAGGCGAGUUUGACUUAUUUAGAGACACGUUGUAUUGGACCAGGAGCAGACACUUCGAAGCGUGUGCCUUGGCUUAAAAAACUUAGUAUAGAUGAGAUUAGACGCUUUACGAGUAUUUCUUUCGUUGAUCAGGAAGGUUGGACAUCGAAGCUUCCUCUAUUUUAG